CUUUGCAGAGGCCACAGAAACUAAAAGUUUCAGGGCUAAUGUUUCAUGAAUACGUAUCUGCGACUGGAGACCUCAGACUUGCAGCUUUUGGGGUGCCGCUGGGGGGCUUGCCUGAGAUGCUCAGUGUGGAUUUUGGACACCCUGGAAUGAAGGUGGCAGUGGUGCUCACUGGGCAGCUUCUUGUUUUCUUCGUGAAAGCAUGGGCGCAGCAGGACCAGACACACGUGGAAGGGCUUAGCGGUGGGGUGGCCUACCUCAUCCCCAGAAAACAGGGCUUCUUCCACAAAGUUGAGUGGCGCUUCGGCAAGGACCUGAAAAUUGCCAUCCAUGAGAAUGGGGAGAAGGUCCGCUACCCCAAUGGCCCUUACAAGGAUCGCCUGAAACUCUUCCCCAACAACACCUUGAGGAUGGACCACCUGAGAAAAAAUGACAGCAACACCUACUGGGUGUAUAUGGAGGAUAGUGCAGGCACAGAGCACCCUGAAAGCAUCCGACUGCAUGUGUAUGACGCGGUCCCCAAACCCACCAUAAAUUUUGUGGUGAAUGAGAGCAACCUGGAGAGCUGCGAAGUCAUCGUGAAUUGCUCAGUGGAGCUGGAGGAUGUCACUUAUGAGUGGUUGCCUCCCAAGAAGAUCGCAUCAAAUGGAGGCAGUGAGCUGUUCCUCUCCUUCAGCCCCUUGAUGGAAGUCUACACCUGCGUAGCCAAGAACCCCGUCUCCUCCAACAGCUCUAAACUGAUCCACAGGCACCCCUGCUCCUGGGAAGCUGAGUCCUCUGCUGUUACUACCUCCACCAAGACCAGCGUGCAGGUGUCUCUGGGAUGUCUCCUCCUCCUCCUCUUCAGUCUGCCUUAAUGAUGCAUCACAGUUGAUGCCUAUCCUCCUCCUCCUUCGGCACAUUCCUGCUGUGAGACCAAGUGUGGAUGGAGUACUCUGACACUGAGGGACUGCAGUUCUCCAGGAAUCCAUCACAACCAGCAUCCAGGGCACACACUCCAGUGACCCACGUGCUGUGCCAGCAUCUCAACCUUUGCUAUGCAACCAUGAACGGUUUUUCACGGGUAUUCCUUAUCAUGACAACUGUUAGAGAUGGGAGGGCUCCCAGAGAGCUGCAGCCUUCCUCCCUUAAAUGUCUGCCAAAACUGUCAGUGCACCAUAGGUGUUCGGCAGUGAUAUGUUAUCCUAAUCUUUAUGCCCCACAUUGGGUGCCAUUGGAAUCUUCUGUCCCACGAUGGGAUGGGAGGUUUGAUUGUGACAAAGAGAAACUAAUUUAUGAGAACUGGUAAAGGAAUGUGAGAUGAUACAGUAUAAAAGGAAUCAAGGGUAAUAAACAAGUGGGAGAGGGACAUGGGCUUCUAACCAUGCUGUGGGAUGGCGGUACAGUCAGAAAGAGGUCCUUUUUUAUGUCACUUUCCCCCUCCUGGAUGCUACUUGGGAAUGACCAGAGCUGAUAGGAAAGCUUUCAGCUCUCAGGAACCAGGAAACACAGCCCUCCCAGCUCUGACAGUUGACCGCAGGAUGUCAUGAUAUGGAAUAUCAAUAAAAAACCAUGACAGCCACAGGGAUUGUCUUUCACAAUGAUGCUUUGAGAACACCAGCAAAACAAAUCAAUAAAUUGAUGGUUAACUGCUCAAAA